AUGGCCUUCAAGCACGGGCUGAGCGAACGCCUCGACGAGCUGCGAUUCCCAUCCCCACGAUCCCCGCCUUCGGAAUCUGCGUUCCCUGGGUACACUUCUCUUUCCCCGGGUCAUUCGAACUUUGGAUCGGGAUUCUCUUCUCGCCCAGCUGGCGAUGUUCGAGCAAACCUGCAACGUCGAUUCACGACUGAUUCGAGCAAGUUCUCGUCAUGGAAUUAUUUGAAUCCAAGCUCGGGAUCUGGCUCGAGCUCUGGUUCGGGCCAGAUGCAAGAUCCGGUGGAUUUGUUGUCUUCGGUAAGAUCGAAAUUUCCUUUUGAGUUAGCAAUUAUCCCUGUACAUUGA